CCUAGCACACAAACCCUAACCCUAGGCCUCCCGCGCAAUCCCUAAACUUAGCACGUCCACCGUCAUGGCCAGCGGCAACGCGUCCACCGUCUACCUCUCCGUCGUCGAGGAAGUCCUCGCCAAAGUUCGUAAGGAGUUCAUCACCUCCGGCGUUGGCGACGCCGUCCUCAACGAGCUCCAGUCUCUCUGGGAGACGAAGUUGCUGCACUGUGGCGCAAUCUCAGGGAACACCGACCGCAACAGGGCUUCCCCCGCCGGAGCGUCCGCUGGAGGCGCGACUCCACCGGUUCACGAUCUCAACGUGCCCUACGAGGCCACGUCCGAGGAGUACGCCACCCCAACCGCCGACAUGCUCUUCCCACCGACGCCGCUGCAGACACCGAUCCAGACACCGCUUGAAGCUGGGAUCGAUACGGGGCCGUUGGACUAUGCCCCAUCGCCGAUCAGUGCCAUGAGAAACGGGAUGGGGAUGAUGAACGGGGCUGAUCCAGAGACUGGCCGCCCAAGCCCUUUCAUGCAACCUCCGUCGCCCUGGAUGAAUCAGAGACCACUGGGGCUUGAUGUCAACCUUGCUUUUGCUUAUGAUGAGGAGAUCCGGAUGAUGAUGCAACCCCAGCCACUGACGACCAAGGAUUUUCUCAUGAUGUCUUGUGGAAAACGGAAGAGGGAUGAAUAUACUUCAGCCGGUUCAUUUGUGCCACAACAGGAUGGAUGUGCAGACCAGGUUGCGGUUCAUUAUGAUGCAACCCCAGACUACAAUACCCCUGGGGAAUCUUCGGAAUAUCAAACUCCCACACCUGCUGUUGCAACACCAAAGCCAAGAAACGAUACAGCGGGUGGUGAAGAUGAUGAUGAACCUCCUCUUAAUGAAGAUGACGACGACGAUGACGACAUAGAUGAUGACUUUGAUGAGACGCAGCACCUUGUCCUCGCACAAUUUGACAAGAUAACAAGGACAAAGAAUCGCUGGAAGUGCACUUUGAAGGAUGGAAUCAUGCAUUUGAACGGCAGAGAUGUUCUAUUCAACAAGGCUUCAGGAGAGUUUGAUAUUUGAAUUUUAUUUCAUGGUGAUUAAAGAUGAUGUUUUAGGUGCCUGCUGUAUCUACUGUCUUUAACACAAGGAAGGGAAGGUGACAAAAGAGUACUGGAGUUGUGGCGAGUUUGGCACUAUGAUCGUGUCUCGUGUUUUCCUGUUGAUUGAGGCUUGGUUAACCACUUGGUCUGCUUACCAUAACUCAUGUGUCACUGUAAAAAUGGUACAGUUGGUACGAUUGUGGACAUUUACUUGAGAUGGUCACUUAAAGCUGCUGGGACGAUCUUCUGGUGGGACGAUCUUAGCUCAUAAAAAUCAUCAAGAGAAAAGUAGUGGCUGCAGAGUUGUACGGAGAAAAGGGAAAGAGAGAAGAGACUGCCUAUUCUUAAGUCGACUGAUUUUUAUUUGGGGUUAAGUCGAAUUUCUGUCAUAUGAUGU